AUGACUGAAAUCACCACAAAGUCAGUAAAGCAAGCGGAAGCAUUGGUUAGUGGAGAAUUCAAAGCACUUGGACCGGCUCCAAACUAUGUAGGCGAUGAGUUUAUUGUGAUGAGAUGUGCUGAGACAAUCAACGAGGUUUACCCUGAUUGGAUCAAACGUUCAAAUCUGGGUGAAGAGAUCUACGAUCCGUUCGAUGUGAAUGCUCCCAUCGAACUUCCUCGUCGUUCCUCUAUGCUGAAGUCAUAUACUCUGGAUCCACCGAUCACUGAAACUGGGAAAAUCGCCUCGAAAAUCAUGGCUAGAGAGCUUUGUGAUCGCCGUGCAAUUCCAGCGGUUAUCUUCUGCUCUCCUGAUUUUUCAUCUGUUGAGACCGCCCAUUUGAUCAAGUCUUACAUUGGAGAAAAGUGUGGAAACAUUCGGAUUGAGCCUGAGCUAUCAUCCCUUCACAAAGCUGCACAUGUAUUCUUCGGACCUGACCAUCUUAGAAGUUUGGGUUACGGUAUUGACACAAAAACUCCGUUGCAUCCGGUGACGGAUGGUGUUACACUGACUGAUUUGGUAAACCGUAUCAAACGUGCAUUUUAUGAGUUGACAUCUAAAGUAGAAAAUGCUCUUUUCAUCGUUGAUCCUCUCUCCACUAUGAUCAUCUCUUCUCUCUUCUACUCGAUUAAAAUCCGCACUGAGACUUCUGUGGAACUGGAACGCGUUCGUAGUUUUUGCACCUUCCCAUCACUCUCGAAUUUUACUACUUUCCGUGUUGGCGGAGAUAAUGGAGUGAAGAUGUUCGAUUUGACAAGCACCAGACUUCGUCCACUCACUUUUACUGGAUUUUCGAAUGAGAUUGAUUUUGAUUAG